CGCAGGGGGGAGGGCGGCGGCUGGAGGACCGGGUACCAUUCUUUGGCAUCUUGGUGUCACCGAUGCUCGGGCGCGCAGCGGGGCCGGCUCCAUGUUUGCGGAAUGAAUGAAUCAUUACUCUCCUUGUCCUCUUCUGAAGGAGGACUUUUUGAGGUCCACGUGCUGCAGAGCACGUUGGGGGGCCUCCUGGGCUAGGGUUCCCCCCUUGUGCAUAGUAGAAAACCACCUCUCAUAUUUCCAUCCACUCUCUCCUCUCUCUUCGCGGGGGGGCCCCUUCAGGUAGGACCUUAGGGAUGCUGGGGAGAGAGGGAGCCUGUAGCCCCCAGCCAGGCACUUGGUGAAGGUGUGAUAAAGGACUUGCAGGUGUGACAAGGGACUUGGGAAGGACAGGGGACUUGAGUGAAGCCCCUUAGAAGAUACCGGGAUGGAGGUGGGGGCGAUGCUGCAGAGGAAAGCACCCACUGUCAGGCUGUGACCACUUGCACCUCUGAGGCGAGCCUGGAAGGGGCACUGGAGUAUGGGUUCUGACCUCAUUACUGUUUCUUUAUUAGUAAAUGGGAAGUAUUAAUAUCCAUUGCUCAGGUUUUCUGCAGCUUAAGAAAAAUGUCACAUGGGAUUGUCCAGCAUAAAGCUUGGUACACUGGGGGCACACAGCAAAUCUCAGUUUUCUUUCUUUCCUCACUGAAAAAAGUGAGCAGAGUUUUUUGUUUCCAUUCCCUCUGCCCCCAAAUUGGUCAUGGACAGACACAGCAGAUGUGUAAUCACUGUUUGUUGAAUGAAUAUGCUUGAUGGAGCUUCACCACCCACCCCCUCCUCCCAGAAUCCACAGGCUGAGCUUGGGAUCUGACAGCACAGACAUGCCAGUGCUGUCCGAGGACUCUGGUUUGCAUGAAACCCUGGCACUGCUGACCUCUCAGCUCAGACCUGACUCUAACCACAAGGAAGAGAUGGGCUUCCUGAGAGAUGUUUUCAGUGAGAAAAGCCUCAGUUACUUAAUGAAGAUCCACGAGAAGCUUCGCUAUUAUGAGAGGCAAAGCCCGACCCCUGUGCUGCACAGUGCUAUGGCCCUUGCCGAGGAUGUGAUGGAAGAGCUGCAGGCCGCCUCCGUGCACAGUGACGAGAGGGAGCUGCUCCAGCUGCUGUCCACCCCCCACCUCAGGGCCAUGCUCAUGGUACAUGACACGGUUGCCCAGAAGAAUUUCGACCCUGUUCUCCCCCCUCUGCCUGAUAAUAUUGAUGAGGAUUUUGAUGAAGAAUCAGUGAAGAUUGUCCGCCUGGUGAAGAACAAGGAACCCCUGGGCGCCACCAUCCGGCGGGAUGAGCACUCGGGGGCUGUUGUGGUGGCCAGGAUCAUGCGAGGGGGUGCAGCAGACCGGAGCGGCCUCGUCCACGUUGGAGAUGAGCUCCGAGAAGUGAAUGGGAUCACCGUCCUGCAUAAGCGGCCUGACGAGAUCAGCCAGAUUCUGGCACAGUCCCAGGGAUCCAUCACCCUGAAAAUCAUCCCCGCUACCCAGGAGGAGGACCGUUUAAAGGAGAGCAAGGUGUUCAUGCGGGCCCUUUUCCACUACAAUCCUCGGGAGGACCGGGCCAUUCCCUGCCAGGAGGCAGGCCUGCCCUUCCAGCGCGGGCAGGUCCUGGAGGUGGUGAGCCAGGACGACCCCACGUGGUGGCAGGCCAAGCGCGUGGGGGACACCAACCUUCGAGCUGGCCUUAUCCCCUCCAAGCAGUUCCAGGAGAGGCGACUAAGCUACCGGAGAGCCACAGGCACCCUGCCGAGUCCCCAGAGCCUCAGGAAGCCCCCUUAUGAUCAGCCUUGUGACAAAGAGACCUGUGACUGUGAGGGGUACCUCAGGGGUCACUAUGUGGCUGGUCUUCGGCGGAGCUUCCAGCUGGGCCGCAGACAGAGGCUAGGAAGCCCACGAGAAGGAAAGGCGUCCGUAGGAGGUGAGUCUCCAGAGCUGCUGACCUAUGAGGAGGUGACCAGGUACCAGCACCAGCCUGGCGAGCGGCCCCGCCUGGUGGUUCUGAUUGGGUCUCUGGGAGCCCAACUACAUGAGCUGAAGCAGAAGGUGGUGGCAGAGAACCCACAGCACUUUGGUGUUGCGAUUCCACAUACCACCAGGCCCCGCAAGAGUCAUGAGAAGGAGGGGGUGGAAUAUCACUUCAUCACUAAGCAAGCAUUUGAGGCCGACUUACAUCACAACAAGUUCCUGGAGCAUGGUGAAUAUAAGGAAAAUCUCUAUGGGACCAGCCUGGAUGCCAUCCAGGCUGUGAUGGCCAAAAACAAAAUUUGUUUGGUGGACGUGGAGCCAGACGCCCUGCAACAACUGAGGACCUCAGAAUUCAAACCCUAUGUUAUAUUUGUAAAGCCUGCAAUUCAGGAAAAAAAGACGCCACCCAUGUCCCCAACCUGUGAGGACACAGCAGCCCCACUUGGUGAGGAGCAGCAAGAGAUGGCUGCCUCCGCCGCCUUUAUAGAGCAGCAUUAUGGGCACCUGGUGGAUGCUGUGCUGGUGAAGGAGGAGCUCCAGAGCGCACACAGCCAGCUCAGAGGGCUCUUAGAGAAGCUGAGCAGGGACACUCACUGGGUACCUAUUAGUUGGGUCAGGUAACUGUAUCCUAGAACAUCUAGGUGGGAGGGGACCUGGAAGAACACCUAGCCCCAGCAACCCCAUGUUACCAUCAAGGAAUCUCAAGCAUGGAGAGGGCCAGAAUUUCCCAUAAACUCCCUCAUCAAGAACA